GGGCGGCACGCGCUAGUGCGCAAGCGCACCUGGACUUGGGCAAAGAGAGGUACCGGAAGCCUAACACUGGCAGUUGAGGUGUUGGCGCGAGUCCUGGAGAGAGCAAUUAACUGGGAAGGCUUGAAAGAGAGGCGUGACUGUUGGGUCUGUGGGCAAAAUGGAAUCUCCACAGGAGGUCGUAGAAGAGACGGCCUUCUGCUGCACUCUGAAAUGCUUUGUGAAGAUGCUGCGGUUGGUGGUAAAUGUGGCAUCAAUGAUCCUUUUCAUCAAGGCACAAGCCCCUGAACCAUAUAUCGUUAUCACUGGGUUUGAAGUCACCAUUAUUUUCUGUUUCAUAGUCUUGUAUACGUGCAGACUCGACAUGAUACUGAGAGCUUUCUUUUGGCCUUUGUUUGAUGUUAUCAACUCAAUGGUAACAACACUAUCCAUGCUUAUUGUGUCUGUGUUGGCUCUGAUACCAGAAACCUCAACAAUGACAAUCCUUGGAGGGGUGUUUGGUCUCCUGACAGUAACAUGUACUAUUGCCGACUGUGCCCUUAUGUGCCAGAAACUUCGGUUAAGGUCACGCAAACCUUAUCAGAAACAGUCAGCUGAGGACAUCGAUGAAGGAUAAUAUUUUUGUACUCACUUUUACUAGUUAUUAAACUAAUUCUUUAUCGUUCCAUA